AUGGUCAAGAUCACUCCAACGAUCAAAUAUCUCGGAUUGUUGUUGGACAGACGAUGGAAGUUUACAGAGCACUUCAAUUAUGUGGAAGGAAAAGUUGCAAGUGUCACUCGUGCCCUUUGUGCGAUAAUGCCAAACUUAAAAGGUCCAUGUGAGAAACAGAGAAGACUAUAUGCGCACGUUAUUUGUUCCAUCAUUAACUAUGGUGCCCCCAUUUGGAGUCCUGAGACUUCCGAUAAGAAGAUCCGUGAAAAGUUACGUCGAAUGCAACGAGUCAUAGCGAUACGCGUGAUUGCUGGCUAUCGCACUAUAUCCACCGAUGCUGCUCUCAUCUUAGCAAGAGUCAUUCCAACAGAUAUACAUGCAGCAUAUUUCCGACGAGUGUUCCUUCGAGUUCAUGAUUUGAAGCGACAAGAGCUGUGGAAAAAGUCAGAAGAGAAAGACAUCAAGGAAGAUGAAGAGAUACUGUUGAAGAGGCAAUGGCAAAUUACUUUACAAAGACAAGAUGUGGCUGGUGCAAGAACAUGUCUUGCCAUUGCUCCCCACUUAAAUCAGUGGUUAAUUAGGAAUCACGGUGAACUGACGUUCCACAUGACACAACUUUUAUCUGGACAUGAUAGCCCAAACAUUAAACACAUCAAACACGAACACACUAUGACAUUCAUACGGGUACAGGGGGGGAUACACAUGGAGGGUGGUUGGGAAGGGGAAGGAGUGGUUUGGGGGUAG